AUGUCUGAGGGAAAUAAGGUGGACGUGCUCAUCAUAGGCGCCGGCCCUGCGGGGUUGAUGUGUGCCAACGCUCUGUUGUGGGCUGGUUUGAAGGUCAAGAUCAUCGACAAACAGCCGUUUUCCGUUAUGGCCGGGCAAGCCGACGGUAUUCAUUGCCGCACCAUCGAAGUGCUACAGAGCUAUGGCCUCGCGGAUCGUCUUAUUCGCGAGAGCGCUCACAUGCACAGAGCAGCAUUUUACGAUCCUGAUCCAAACGGCGACGGCAUUGUGCGGACGCGUGUGGGACGCGGCUUUACGUCACCUACUGCUCGUUAUGGUUUCACUUGCGGCUUGCAUCAAGGGCGAGUUGAGGCGAUCUUCUUGGACGACAUGAAGUCCAGAGGGCUUGUGGUGGAUCGUCCGGCGGUUCCCACAUCGAUCGAGCUUUCCGAUGAGGAGGCGGCGAGGAGUUACCCAAAGGCGUACCCGGUGAAGGUAUGUAUCAAGUAUCUCGAGCGUGCUGAGAGUGAGGGUGAGACCGUCCACGCCAAAUUUGUGCUGGGAGCAGAUGGUGCCCAUUCUUGGGUUCGCAGGGCUAUGGGCAUCACGAUGGAGGGAGAUACAUCAGAUCACAUUUGGGGCGUAGUCGACAUUCUUCCGGACACCGAUUACCCCGACCACCGGAAUGUGUCCCUCGUACAGUCCCACCGCGGCUCUGCGCUGCUCAUCCCGCGAGAGCGAGAUCUAUUCCGGCUUUAUAUUCAGCUCGAAGACACGGAUGUCGUGGACCCCGAGACCGCGAGGCUAGAUAAGACGCGUAUGAGUCCUCAGAAGAUCAUGGAGAAGGCACAGGAGAUCUUGAGGCCCUUCCGUAUCAACGCCAUCGGCGACAUUGACUGGUGGACGGUCUAUGUCGUGGGACAACGUGUCGCGGAGACGUACUCGGUCGCAGAUAGAGUCUUCAUCGCAGGUGACGCGUGUCACACGCAUUCGCCCAAAGCAGGCCAAGGUAUGAAUGCUAGCAUGAUAGACACGCACAACCUUGCGUGGAAGCUCGCAUACGUUCUGCGGGGCUGGGCUCCCAUGUCGCUUCUGAAAACGUAUGAAGCUGAAAGAAGGAAAUAUGCCCUGGACCUCAUCGAGUUUGACAAGAAAUGGGCGUCGAUGUUCACAGGCGGAGGCGAUCCACAAGAAGACGAGCUCCACGAAAUGUUCGCCAAGAACGCAGGAUUCACGAGCGGGCUCACCCUACAUUACGAACCCUCCGUCAUCGUGGACAACCGUUUCCAGGCGUGCGCACCGCACCUCAUCGUCGGAAAACGCAUGCUCCCGAUCGACUUCAUCUGCGCUGCGGAUGCGAGGCCUGUCAAUAUCCAUGACAUGCUUCUGGCGGACAUGCGGUUCAAGAUACUCACCUUUGUCGGUAACUUCGCCGACGAAACCGGGGCGGCGAAGGUCCGCGCCUUAGCAGAGCAGCUGACUGCGCCUGACUGUUUUCUGCAACGCUACGCCCACACGGGCACAAACUCCGCGUUCGACCUGAUUUGUAUCAGCGCCAGUCGUAAAGAACAGGUUGACUAUACGGACUUCCCGGCUGUGUUUAGGAGCCAUUGGUCAAAAGUUUUGCUAGACGACACCGACAUGCUAGGCCGAUCGGGUGGUGGAGGUUUCGCUCGGUGUGGUAUCGCGCCAGAGUCCGGGGCGUUCGUCGUCGUUCGUCCCGACGGGCAUAUCGGCAUUGUCGCGCCCUGCGACCGCAUCGACGCGCUGAACAACUACUUCGGAGCCUUCCUGUUGGUUGCUGCAUAA